UUUGGAUCUGGAGACGGAAUCAGUGCAAGCCAAAUCCCAGGACGUGUGGCAUCGGUGGAGAGUGGUGACAACCCAGUGACCAGACAACGAGGGCUGUGCAAGAUGAAGGUGUUUCUGUCUCUUCUGUUGGCUGCUGUCACUUGCCUGGAUUUGGGACACUCCUUGCAGUGUUACACGUGCAGGGAUUUGACCCCAGUUGAGAAGUGCCUGACAAUUGAGAACUGCACGGGGGCUGAGUUCAUAUGCAAGACCACAAUGUAUUCCGAGGAGGAUGUUUAUCCCCCCACAGGAGUCUCAGUUGUCACCAAGAUGUGCUCCUCCUCCUGCGUCCCCUCUGACGUGGAUGGCAUCGGGAUGACACAUCCUGUCACCUGCUGUUACUCUGACCUGUGCAACUUCGAUGGUGCAGCAAGUCUGAGGAUCAGCGUUGUGCCAGUUGGGAUCCUGGCAAGUUCCCUCUGUGCCUUUUUCUGGACUAGACUGUGAGGGGAUGAUGGGAGUCAUUUAUUCUGAAAAUUACAUGAAGAAAAUAACCCCCCACCAGCCCACCUUUCUAUGUGGAUGCUUCAUGAACAACACUCAACAGCUCCCAAAAAUAAUUAUUGCUUUUUUUCUUUUUUUUUUAUAUCCACACUUCUCCCACAGCUAAGAGAGAUGCAAAACUCAGGAAGGCACAACUGAAUUUUUUAACUGAUCUUUCAACAACUCCCACAAAAUCAAAUGUGGAGUUUCUUCGCUGUGCUUGUCUGGUUGGGUUUGAAGUGAAAAAUUCAAAUGUGUGAAGUAUAUUUAAGGCAAAAAACCUUGAGAAGAGCCUUCCCUACUGCCUUAGAGCAGGUCCUCUCCAACCCAUCAUUUUCUGCUGUUCUUCCUAGAUCUCCUUCUUUGUACACCAAAAAAUUAAGAAGACAUUUCUGUGUCCAAAAUAUGAGGCAGGAGACUGAACUUCCCAUGCCAAUGAUCUGUUCUGGGGUGGUUAAAAUCUCAUGUUCUCUGUACCCU